AUGCUGAUUUUAACGGAACUCACUUUGUAUUACUUUGAUUUCAUUUGUGCAUGCAAAAUAAGUACCAAUCAAAAGCAGCUAGCUAGUCUAGGCCUCGUUGAAGGCCCCAUUCCUGAUUGGGCGGGUAGAGUUGCAUCCGAGACCCAAAAGACACUAUCUGUGCCACGAAGCUACAAGACGCCCCAAGCAGCAUUGUCUGAUGUGGACCUUGAUGACGAAGAGUACUAUGAACUGCCGGCAGCCCAGGGGAGACAGGACUUGGUGUGUUUGGUAGAGAGACCAAGAGACGCCUCAAGGGGCAACAAGCAUUCACUUCAAACCUCAAAAGAAGCAGACUACACCAACCUUGAAGAACUUGAGCUUCUUGAGGACCCAGAGGCUGCUGAAGACGAGGAUGAGCUGUAUAUUGGUGAUGUAGCAAUGAUGGUGGAUGACAAUGGACGCACAGAUCGAAAGGCCGAGGUUAUCGCGACGCGGCGUACAAGUUUGAUGUCAGUUAGUAUCUCGGACUCCAAGACCACCGACGCACGAAUCAAGACUGAGGAUGCAGUCCCAGAAAACCCCCGUGCAAAGAUCAAAAAAGGUAAAGCGAAGAACUCACACCUACCCAGCGGAGCCCUUGAACAAGGUCAAUGGCGCACAACAUUCCUUCCCUCUUUGAUGUACUGGGUGGGUAAUGACGACAAUGGAUGGUCCAUCCCAGAGAGCGAGCUCGAGAGUGUCCUCGAAGAUAUAUUCUAUGCAGUGUGCCAAAGGAUUCACGAGUGGCAUGCUGCGUUCGGUUCAACCACUGUCAGCGUUUUGAUGGCCUUUUAUGCUUCAACACCCAAGUAUGAGACCCAGGAAGCCCACGAGGAAUACGCCGAGUAUCAACUCCAGGACUGCCACUUCAUAUAUGAAGAUCCCGAAAAUGAAGAGCAACCUGGCACAUUUUUAUCAGAAUAUAUAUUAUGCAUUUUUGCCUCCCACAUCACUGCAAUAGCCUGGAGAGUGAGGGUUGAUGCAUUGGUCCAGUUUGGGAAGCCUGGAUAUGUGACUGCAUUGGCGCUUGCAGCCACGGCAGCUGAGCAUGCUCUUGUCCUCGUCCAAGGUCGUUUACUGAUUGAUAGCGACCCCUCCGACAAUGGUGGCAAGGCUCACCAGAUUCUGCAAACACUCAAUGAAGCCACGAACAAGAUGAGUCACAUGGGAACAGCAUUCUCCUCUGGGAACUGGGAGACGGACACUAAGGCGUACAUGGAAAGUAUCAAGGAAUUGCCGUACUCAUGUAUCCAGAAGAUUCUUGCUUAUGCUGAAGAGUACAUGAAACACCCGCGUCACAAUCGUCAUUUGGUAGUGGACGAGAGUGGCUCCUCCCAGUCUAUCGCUCCUGUUAACAAGCGCGCCCGCCUGCACAUCUGUAAUUUUAUUUUAUUUGUAUUUUUCUUCAUCUGCUAA